UCCUGUCCCGGCAGGCUGUGCGCGGUGUGGCUGGGGGCUCUGUCGGUAAGAUGGCGGCCGUGAGUCUGAGGCUCGGAGACCUGGUGUGGGGGAAGUUGGGACGGUAUCCUCCAUGGCCAGGAAAGAUUGUGAAUCCACCUAAAGAUCUGAAGAAACCUCGUGGGAAAAAGUGCUUCUUUGUGAAGUUUUUUGGAACAGAAGAUCAUGCUUGGAUCAAAGUGGAGCAGCUGAAGCCUUAUCACCCUCACAAAGAGGAAAUGAUAAAGAUUAAUAAGGGUAAGCGCUUCCAGCAAGCUGUGGAUGCUGUAGAGGAGUUUCUUAGAAAAAACAAAGGCAAGGACCAGGCGUCUUCCCAUAACUCCAGCGAAGAGAAGAACCGUCGUAACUCCAGCGAAGAGAGGGGCAAGCAGUCUGCUGGAGAAGAGAAACGCAAGGCCAGUUUGUCUGAAGGGAAGUUGAAGAAGGGCACAGGGGAAGGCAAAAAGAGGGGCUCUUCUGUCUCAUCAGAGAGAGGAUCAAAGUCGCCUUUGAAAAGAACCCAGGAUCAGAGCCCCCGAAAGCGGGGGCGUCCGCCCAAGGAUGAGAAGGACCUCACAAUUCCAGAGUCAAGUACAGUGAAGAGGGUGAUGACUGGAACAGUGGCUGGAUUUAAAUGGCCACCAAGCGUCAGUGAGCCUGUGAAGGACAGCGAUCCACAUUUUCAUCACUUCCUGCUGAGCCAGACAGAGAAGCCAACUGUCUGCUAUCAAGCCAUCACAAAGAAGCUGAAAGUUUGUGAAGAGGAAACAGGAUCCACCUCCAUCCAGGCAGCAGACAGCACAGCAGUCAAUGGCAGUAUCACACCUACAGACAAAAAGAUAGGAUUUCUUGGACUUGGCUUGAUGGGAAGUGGCAUUGUCUCCAACUUACUAAAGAUGGGUCACACUGUCACCGUCUGGAACCGGACUGCUGAGAAGUGUGAUUUGUUCAUCCAGGAGGGGGCAAGGCUGGGAAGAACCCCCGCUGAAGUUGUCUCCACCUGUGACAUCACCUUUGCCUGUGUAUCAGAUCCAAAAGCAGCGAAGGAUCUGGUGCUGGGUCCGAGCGGGGUGUUGCAAGGGAUUCGCCCAGGGAAGUGCUACGUGGACAUGUCCACUGUGGAUGCAGAUACAGUGACAGAGCUGGCCCAGGUGAUAGUGUCGAGGGGCGGUCGCUUUUUGGAAGCCCCAGUCUCAGGAAACCAGCAGCUGUCCAACGACGGGAUGCUUGUGAUCCUAGCGGCUGGCGACAGGGGGCUCUAUGAGGACUGCAGUAGCUGUUUCCAGGCGAUGGGGAAAACCUCUUUUUUUCUAGGUGAAGUAGGCAAUGCUGCCAAGAUGAUGCUGAUUGUGAACAUGGUCCAAGGCAGCUUCAUGGCAACGAUAGCAGAAGGACUGACUUUGGCUCAAGUGACUGGCCAGUCCCAACAGACCCUUCUGGAUAUCCUCAAUCAGGGACAACUUGCCAGCAUCUUCCUGGACCAGAAGUGCCAAAAUAUCUUGCAAGGAAACUUUAAACCUGAUUUCUACCUGAAAUACAUACAGAAGGAUCUUAGAUUAGCUAUUGCACUGGGCGAUUCUGUCAACCACCCGACUCCCAUGGCAGCUGCUGCCAACGAGGUCUAUAAAAGAGCAAAAGCAUUGGACCAAUCAGACAACGACAUGUCUGCAGUGUACAGGGCCUACAUCCACUAGGCUGCACAGUUCUUACUGUUAAUACUAUGAUUAUUGAUUAAUAUUAUUAUGAUACUGGGUUUUAACUCUGGACCAGUCCAUCUCUGUCUCUCCAUUUCCUUUUAUAAACAGACUUUGAGAUCUGCCACGGAGGCAGCUGCUGUGGUGAGCCUUCCCCUCUGUGGUGGCAGAAGGUGGGGAGGAGGGGGCUCGGAUUGCUGCAGUCUAAUUAGGAAAAUCCAUGCCAUGCACUGACAGUCAUGGAACAGAACAGUGGCGGUUUGUUCAGAAGCUCUGAGGCAACUCUGCCAGAAAUCUGCUGCUUGGCUGCUUUUAUUUUCCUCUUUGUAUGCUUGUCCAAGAUGCUGUUUCUAAUGAUCCCUUUUCUCCUUUGCUGUGAAAUAAUGCGUGUGUUGGACCCUCUGCAUUAAGGAGGCAGGUGACAUACAUCCCAUCUACCUGUGAAUAUCAUUAAAGUCCUUGGUCCCAAGUAAGGUGAGGAGCAUUCCUGUUAAUCAGCCACUGUUAGAGAACAAAGCACCUCCCAUGGAGGAGAAUGGCAGUUCCAGAAGGUAACGGGGUUGUAUGCAACACUGUCUUGAUUGUGUUUCUUUUUAAACUUCCACUUUCCCAGCACCUUGCUAGAGGAGUUCCUUGUACUGUUAAGAAGAACAGAUUGCAUCCAUGUCUUCCCCUGUACAGACAGCUAUAGCUUAGGACACACAAACAUACUGAAAAUCAGAGAAUGCCAGUGUAAAUGAGCCUCCUAAAAGGCUUAGUCACAUCUGCCCAUCCCACACACAGCACUGGAGGUCGACUUGUUUGCAGAGAAAACUGCGAGAGAAUUGCAACCUGAGACUGGGCCAGAGAGACUUUAUUUGGGGAAGGAACAGGGUUGCUCCUGGCCUUAGCCUGUGUGGAUUCACCCCUAGGGUGGGGUGGGGAUGGGGGUGGGUGUUAACCCUUAUCGUUACAGAGGUGUCUUGGAUUGUAGCAGUGUCACAGGCAGAGCAAUGAGUCUGAAAGAGGCAAAAAGAAUGAUUGUAGAGCCAAGAGACUGAGAAUCCUGAGUUCCUUUCCACAUGCUCUCUCUGUCCUUUCCAUGGUCAUCAAAUGUCUUAGCCUGUUUGUCCAUCUCUAAAGGUGUGUGAUGAUUACCUACCUCACAGGGAUGUUUUUGUGUGCUGAUUACUACUCUUCAUACAUGUUAGAUUUUCCCAUACAUGUUCUUAGUGUUACUACCCUGGGUACAGCACUAGCACAGCAUUAGAUUUUUCCCUGUACCCAUGACUCUGCUUGUGAGCAGAUACCAAAUCCUAGAAAGACUGGUAGAUAAAAUGGGAGGCUAAGACCACUGCUGAGCUUUAAUCUGGAAAUGUGGCACUUGAACUGUAGAUGCCAAGGCUAGAGGCAGAGAUGCUCUCUAGUGUUGAUAGCAGAGAAACCCAGAGUCCAAAGGAUGCAAACAGAGUAUGUUUGGUUGUUUUGUUGGGGUUUAGGGGGUUUUUGGUUAAAUUGUUCUCAGUAUUAGCCUUUUAGGAGGGUUCUUGCAUUUUAGAUUUGAGAGGUAGUGAAAUGCCAGUAAGAAACUUGAUUGGCCAAAAUCACUUCAGUGGCAUAAUCUCUCUUAGGUUGGGAUUCUGAAAGGAAGGAAAACAAAUUCAAAUUAAACCACGUUCUUUUAAAUCCCAGAGUUCUGCUCUUUCCAUCUUAUUUUUCUAGGAACUUAAUGGCUGUGUGGAGACAUUUGCCUGUGAGUUAGGAUUUCUUGCCCAUCUUGCUUUGUGCAGCAUAGGCUGCUUUGUUCAGGGGCAUCUUGUUAAGAAACAGAGGAAGUAUCAGACACUUAUUGCAAACUAUGGCAUCUGAUGCCCUCAGUGUUACUUGGCUGAGUAUUUCACCUCCCCUGAUCACUGUUACUCGUGGACUGAUACUGUGUUAUGCAUUGUGUCCUGUGGAGAACAUCUCUUAGAUGUGUUGGCCAUCACUUUGCCCUUUGUCAGUGGGAUAUGUGAGCAAUACUAGUUACACAUAAAACAUUUCUUUGGCAGUGCAACUGUCAUCCUGCAUGCAGAUGCUUGUAUUAAAGGAACAUGUAAGUACUCCAGGUAACCAACCAUUAGCCUGCUUCUGACACUUGCAUUUCCCCCAUCCAGAAGUCCCUGGUUAACUCAGCUCUUAGUGCUCAGAAGUCCCUGGUUAACUCAGCUCUUAGUGCUCAGAAGUCCCUGGUUAACUCAGCUCUUAGUGCUCAGAAGUCCCUGGUUAAAUACACUAGAGUUAAGAAGUGAA